ACCCCCCUCUAUCCCCGUUCCUCUCCCCAACUCCACCAACUCCCCCAAGGUAACAACCCUAAACCCCCUCUCCCUCAACCUCGGCAACAAAAUCCCCAACAUGUCGACCGUCCACCCCCUCCUAUCAUGCAACACAACGACACUCCCCCCCUCACCAAGCUGCCCACAUGCCACGUAUUCAACGCCGCCCAACCAAUCUGCGCAUCAUGCGGAUACACACUCCCCAGCACAAUGGUAUACCCGACCCUUUCACAAACCUCCCUCAUGGCGGCGGUAAAAAACCCCGAGCCAGGCCGGAACCACUUCCCGGUCCUGUUUACACCAGCCGCGUAAUAGGCGCGCUCGAUGACGCCAUCCACGAAGCCGAUCUGCGCUUCCAAGACCCCGGGGGAGAGAUCCUUGGAGGGCUCGUCGCGGAGGGCGUGGUUGGCGAGUUCCAUUCCGUUGGAGAGGAGGGAGGAGAGCAGCGGGGUGGUGGAGGGGGUUUGGGUUUGCGAGCCGAUGAGGAAGAAGGUGGCGCGGGCGUGGUGGGCGAGGAGCGUGGAGAGGAUGGCGGGCGUGUGUGGCGAGGGCGCGUCGUCGAGGGUCAACGCGAUGGUGUUUUGGAGCGACGGGGGGAGGGUCGUUGGGAGGGGCACGUGCCAGAUUGUGGUCGGGUUGAGGUGUUGCAGGUAGGUGAUUAGGAGGUGGGGGGGCGGUACAGGAGGUAGAGCGGCGUGAGGAGGAGGAGGAGGAGCAGGAGGGGGAGCAGCAUCGUGAGGGUUCGCGUGCGGUGGUGGUGGUGGUGGUGGUGGUGCCGGUUGCGGUGCGGGGGGCGUCGGAGGAGGGUUAGGCACGGGCGGAGUGGGAGGAGGAGGAGCGUUGUUAGGUGGAGGCGGGGCAUGCUGGGGGGGUGUUUUGGAGAUAGGGUGGUUGUGUGUGGUGUGGUUGAGGUGGUGGUGGUGGUGGUGGUGGUGGUGUAAGAUGCGGCGUUGAGAGGGAGGACUCGAUUAGAUUGGGUUGAUUUGAUUUGUGGAUGUGGAAUGAGCGGGACUGCGGAGAUACUCUCGCAGGUAACUGUUUGGAUUGUUCGGAGCUGACGAGCAGCUGGGAUGCUCAGUCCAUGGCGAGCUGGCAGGAGGAAAGGAA